AAUCGGUCAUGUUUCAAGAAGAGGACUCUUUGGAGUUCUUUGACUGCAGCAGCUGCAUGAACCGUCGUCGGUACUACAAAGGUAUUCGCUUGAACCGAUGGACCAACAGAUUUUCCUCCAACUUUCUAGAGUCGGUGUACUUGAACCACUACCACCAAAGACGACGAUCGCCUUUGAUUUUCAUGAUCUUGAUCGACAUAGUGAUCGAGCUACCCAACCUCUACUUCUGGUGUACCGACAAUCUCGUCCGAGACACUAACGUCCAGGUACAACUCGGUCUUUCUAUAUCUUGCCUUGUGGUCAAAAUCGUCCUCGUGAUUCUGUCGUACUUCUUCAAAAGCAACCAGCUGAAUUUGUGCACUGUGUGCUUAUGGUGGGUACUGAUAGCAGAAAGAAUCAACGGUACUCUCUUUCUGUGGAAACGAAAGUUGCUGUGGAGCUCCCUGCGCUACAGUCUCACUUCCAUCUUCGUACCCUAUACCAUGCUCCCCAUUUCCUUGUGUUGUUCCCUGGCUCUUGGUCACGCCUCUGUCAUUCUCCAUUGUCUUCACGUGUCUCUCGAACUCCUGGUUCUGGACGAUACUCCCUACACCCCCUUCAAACUCCACAAGCUCGCCACCGAAACCCUCUUCUACUUCACGGUUCACUUCGCCGGCAUCUACAUCAAGUUUUUGACGGACAAAAGCCAGAGGAAGUCCUUCGUGGAAACCCUGUACUUCUUGGAAAACCGCUGUCGUACCCAAAACGAAAACAACAGACAAGAGCGUCUGAUUUUCUCAAUCCUACCCGACUUCGUCGCUAGAGAAAUGGUCCGCGAUAUUGACAGCGAAGAGCGACGAAGCUCAACAAACCUUCCACAGUUCCACAAGAUCUACGUCCACAAGUACAACAACGUGAGCAUUUUGUUCGCAGACAUCAAAGGCUUCACGGCUUUGGCCAGCAAGUGCACUGCACCAGAACUGGUUAAGAACUUGCACGACUUGUUUGCGCGGUUCGACAAGUUGGCUUUGAAAAACUACUGCUUGAGGAUCAAGCUUCUAGGGGAUUGUUAUUAUUGCGUGGCGGGAUUGCCCGACCCUCGGGGGGACCACGCGGACUGUGCAGUCGAAAUGGGGCUACAAAUGCUUGACGCUAUCAAAGAAGCCAAAAUAAAGACUAGAGUUGACUUGAAUAUGCGAAUCGGGAUUCAUUCAGGGUCCGUGUUGUGUGGGGUUCUAGGAUUGAGGAAAUGGCAGUUUGACAUUUGGUCACACGAUGUGUCAAUUGCGAAUCGCAUGGAAGCGACUGGAGUACCAGGGAGAGUUCAUAUAACUGACGUGACGUACCGCCACCUCACCAAGAACUACAUCGCUGAACAAAGAAACGAUCUUAAAAGAGACACAUUGCUACGCAAAUACAACAUCCAAACUUACUUGUUGAAGGAAGAUGAAAAUAAACCAGUCGAAGACGUGACCACACCCACUCCCAAGCGACAAUCGAUUACAGUGGAAUGGAUCCCCGAAAUACCAUUCAGAGACCUACAAAACUCUCUUCAUUGUAUGGACACCAGCGACGGCUUGAUUUGUCUAUCGCGCCGUAAAGGCGAGUACCACGUUUCCAAAACCACGUCUGCGAUAAUGUCGUCCCCGAGUCUGGAAAGCAGUACCACCGAAAUUGAAAUGAAUUUGCGAAGACAGGGGUCCUUUCUCAAUAAACUGACUCUGAAUUUCCUCGACACUGACAUGGAGGCUCAGUACGCCCGACUUAAAGACGAAAUGUUCAAGUCGAAUAUCAUUUGUUGUUUGAUUUUGUGGGUGCUGGCUCUUGGUACACAACUACUAGUGCUGCAACUGUCGGUUGAGCUUGCAGUUGCUUUGAGCACCGCGAGUACCUUGUUAACCAUAGUGGUACUUCUUGUGGUCGCCGAAAAGUACAAGACCUUUCCGCUGUGGACGCAAGUACUUUCCAGGUCUCUCAACCAUACCAAAAAACGUAGAACAUCAGUUUUCGUUGGUAUUAUUAUGACCAUGGCGGCAACCAGUACUUACAUUUAUAGCGUUCAAGAGGAUGGUCAACAAUACAUUACUUUCUCUUGGACCAUCUACAUAUUAACGAUAGUAACGGCUUUAUGGGUCAACUAUUUAGUAAAGUUUUGUCUAACCGCAAUUUUGGUACUACUAUUCACCACUACUAUUAUUUUGAAACCGGUUUGCCAAAACAAGAGGACGUGUUUUCCGUCUUUCACCCACGAACCUGCAGUAGUUGUCAAAACUUACACACACUUGAUAUCACUUUUGAUCAUUGUUAUUACCAUAUCGACGUACUACGCCCGUCUGGUGGAAGUGACGUCCCGGUUGUACUUCCUGUGGCAACAAAAAGCCGAAGAGGAGUUGAAAGGGAUCAACGCGGCUAGAGAAACCAACAUGCAACUUCUAACCAAUGUACUACCAGACUACGUCGCCAAGCAUUUCCUGAACCGCGAGUACAAGAACGAGGAACUAUAUUCCCAGUAUAGGGAAAACAUCGGGGUACUAUUCGCCAGUAUUCCAAAUUUUGCUAAAUUCUACUCGGAGGAACGAGGUCUGGAGUGCAUACGUCUUCUCAACGAAAUCAUCGCCGACUUUGACGAAAUCCUCGACGAAGAAGACUACUCUUGUAUUGAAAAAAUCAAAACCAUAAGCGCUACCGCCACGUAUAUGGCGGUGUCGGGGUUGCAACCCCCAGUCAAAAACCCCUUACAAAACAGCGACCAUUUAGGGGUACUAGUGGCGUUUGGGGUGGCCAUAAGGCAAAAGCUGGCGGAAAUCAACAAGGAUUCGUUCAAUAGUUUCGUGAUGCGGAUUGGGGUGUCCCAUGGACCUCUGGUUUGUGGGGUCAUCGGAGCCAAAAAACCGAUUUUUGAUGUCUGGGGGGACACGGUGAAUGAAGCUUCGAGGAUGGAUUCCACUGGAGUUAUUGGACAUAUUCAAGUACCCAAACAUACCGGAGUGAUUUUAGCACAGCAAGGGUUCGACGUCCGGGAGCGAGGUUUAAUAAAAGUGAAGGGAAAAGGGUUGAUGGAGACGUGCCUGGUUGUUGGGAAGAAACUGAAGAAGGUUAGGAGUUGUCAGAGGAAUUUUAGCAAGAGUAAGAGUUUGGGAGAAGUGGUACAUGCGAUAGCUCGAAACCGGAAGAAGUUGGUAGCUCGGAGUUAUAAAUAUUAACUAUGUGUUUAUAAUAAAUAAAGAAUUAUAUUAUAAA